UUGUGCAAAACUAUCACCAGAAAAAUACUUGCGACAUUAUUAUUAAUUUCUUGCUAGAUACGUUGAAAAAUGAUCUUUUAUUGGCAAAAAAUACAGUUUCCAGAAAGAUAACUGGUUUAAAAAACAACCAUGCCAUUUACAAUUAAGCUGCAGUAAGGUUCGAUGAAACAAAACAAAAUAAUGUUACAUCAAAUUUACACCUAUACAAUAAAAUGAUAAAGACUAAUGAGUCAAGAGACAUAGAACUUAUUCAAAGUUCUGCAACAGAAAUCACGAAACAGAGUUAUCUAAUUCCGUGCAAUUUGUUGAUGCACUUCUGCAAGAUGCAACUGUUCCUUUAUUUCCAUGUUCUCAUGUUAAAAUCAGAAAAGUAGUAAAAAAAUUACAAGAAAAAAGUUUUCAACAUCUGUGGCUGAAUCUGUUAUUAGUACAGGCAUCAAUAUAAUUUCGACGAAAAUUGCAGUAAAAAAGAUAAUUAUAACAAGUAACAUUAUCGGAUGGAAUGAUCAUGCAAGCAGUUGUGAGAAGUCUACUGUUGUGACAUCUCGUAUUGCAAUUGUUAGAAACCGUAUUGAAACACCCUCGUCAAAAAAAAUCAGCAGGAUUACCCGCUAUUAUUACCAGAAACUAGAAAAAUGAUACGUAGUAAUCAUUUUUAUGAUGAUUUUCAAACAUUGUAUUUUAUUGAAUUUCAACGUGUAUUGCCAAAUUCUUAUGAUUGCAGAAUGCCCACGAUAGCAACGCCGGCGAUCGCAGACGUACAGGUCGAAAAAAAUCUGGUGAUACCAAAAACUCCUAUUCCUGUUUUGGAUCAAAAUCAAAACGUUGCUCUCUGAAAUGACUUCUGCGAUAAGUGAAGAACAUUCUUCCUUAAAUAUAAUAGGUGAGCGCUUGGAAGCAGAGACAACUGAGAGGUUACGUCUCAUGAAGGAAGUAAAUGAACAUGAAAUUAAAUAUCGAGAGCUCCAAAAAUCUACUGAAAAGCUUGAAAUUGAAUUGAUGUUUGCCAAAUCUGAUUUGAUAAGUGAUUUUGAUGACGAUAUUGAAAGUGACGAUGCAGCCACCAAUACCUACAGACUUAAAUACGAACGCGUGGCUCGGGAGUUAGAAUUCACUAAAAAACGAUUGCAAGCGCAACAUGAGCAUGACCUAGAACAGCUUAUAGGAUUGAAAAAACAAUUGGAGAAAAAGCUAGCUGAUGUUUACGAAGAAAUAGAAGAGCAGCGGCAAGUUGCGAAUCAAUGGAAGCGAAAGGCCCAAAAAAUGAACAACGAAAUGAACGACUUGCGAAUGUUACUAGAAGAGCAAAAUAGUCGUAACAAUUUAUUAGAGAAACGCCAAAGGAAAUUUGAUUCUGAAUGCCAGGCGCUACAGGAUUCCGUACGGUACGAAAAACAGAACAGAGAGCGUCUAGCACGUGAAAAAGAUGUUCUUGGUGCUGAGAAGUUCACUACAGAGCAGUUAUUAUCGGAUGUCCGACUUGAACUUGAACUAAAACAAGAAAAAUGCAACGUUCUACAACGAGAACUAGAAGAGGUUAUGUUCGGUGCUGGCAGCGAAGAAGACAUGGCUCAAUUGAAACGUCAAAAACUUGAACUCGAUCGUCGUUGUAAAGAACAGGAGGAAGAGUUAGAUGAUAUGGCAGGACAGAUUCAGCUUCUUGAGCAAGCCAAUUUACGCUUGGAAAUAUCACUGGAAACAAUUCGCAAGGAUGCUCGAAAAGAAACUCAACUACGAGACGAUGAGCUAGAAGAAAUUCGAGGGAGUUUGGGUAAAAAAAUUCGAUCCCUUGAGUGCCAACUGGAACAGGAAUAUGAAAAGAAUACUUUACUACUGCGGGAAAAGCACGAACUAGAACGACGUGUUAGUAAUCUUGAAGAAGACGUGCGUAACGAAAAAGUAGCUGACGAAGCCGCCAGCCAAAAGAUCAAACGCGAUCUUAAAAAAUGUAAAGCCUUGCUGCGCGAUGCACAAAACCAACUCGAAAGAACUAAAGCCGAUUCGGUAGGCAAAGCAUUAAUCCGUCAGCUACGCAAUCAGCUAGAAGAUGCAGAAUCUGCACGCUCUACUGCAGUGAAAUGUCGACAGAUCGCUGAAACUGACCUGCGAGAUACGCAAUUAGUUUUGGAGGAAGCUCAGCGGGUACGAUACGAAGCAGAAGAAAAAGCUUUGAAAGCUCACCGUGAUCGAGUGGAAUUGCAGGAGCAAAUUGAUGAAAAUGAAGAAGAAUUGUCUGAGUUAAUGAAAAAAUAUAGCUCUGUUGUAAAACAAUUGAGUUGCGAGCAAACGAAAACAGCGGAUUUGGAAAUCAGGAUAUGCGAACUUGAAUCAGAGAGAAAAAAUUUCAAGGACCAAAUUGCGGAAUUGACUAGUCGACUUGAGAACGUCGAAAGCAUUGGAGAAUCAUCAUCGAGUGUUUUAUUGAAGCGGCUUGAGCUACGCAAUAAAGAACUGGAAUCAAAACUAGAGCUGGAACAAGCAAAUAGGGCUCGAAUGGAAGUUCAGUUGCAGCGCCACAAGGAUUCUUCAGAAAAACUACAACAAGAGAUUAAUCAAAGUCGCAGCAAAGAAAUACACACUCAAGAUGCGUUCAAAAAAGCUCAAAAAACUAUACGAGAACUUCAACAAGAACUGCAUACUGGCGCUAAUAAGGAACAAGAAUGCUUGUUAAAAAGAAAAGAUCUCGAAAAAAAACUUGAAUCUAUCGAAGCGGAAGCUUGUUCGACCCGUGCUGACUUACGUUUAGCACUUCAACGUAUAGCGGAUUUGCAACAAGCAAUGGAAGAAGGUGAUUCAUAUCAUUCAGACAGUGAAAACAGCGACACUUCAGGUGAAUCCAUUGAAAGUAUGAGAUAUAGUUGCCAGAACAAUGUCCCUUCCAAAGAAACAUCUGGAUUGAUAAAUGGUUCGAAUGUUAACGAUAGCAACGCUCUAUUUUGUGUUGAAGAGGGAGCAACAAUCACGCCAAGGAUAACUGUGACAUCAUCGAUCGUGGCGAAUUCAAAAUCAAUUUAUAACGAAUACAGUGAAAGCCAAUCCAGAACUCACCUUGUAAAUGGAGAUAAAAGCAACAAAGAUCCGUCUUCUGCUUAAACAUUUGAAAACCAUUUCUUGUUAUUACAAAAUUCUAUAGUAAAUUCGUUCGUAAACAACAUUAUUACUUCAUUUAUUUUCAGAUGAAAUUCAAUUUUUAAUUUUAUCAGUGUAUUACUGUUUAUUUUAGCACGUUUGUAGCUGUAAAAAACGAUAAGAAUUCGCUAUUCUUAAGUAAUAAAAUAAUAAGAGAAAUUUAAAAAUAAAUUCUUGUGCACUACUAUCGUGUAUGUUAUUUUAUAAUCUUGCUUUAUUAAUCUGCUUAAACAUUUGAAAACCAUUUCUUGUUAUUACAAAAUUUUAUAGUAAAUUCGUUCGUAAACAACAUUAUUACUUUAUUUAUUUUCAGAUAAAAUUCAAUUUUUUAUUUUAUUGGUGCAUUAAUAUUUAUUUUAGCACGUUUGUAGCUGUAAAAAACGAGACGAAUUCGCUGUUCUUGUGUAAUAAAAUGAUAAGAGAAAUUUAAAAAUAAAUUCUUGUGCACUACUA